CUUAAAACCGCCAAUGCAGGUCUGAACACGGCAUGACGGCCACUUCCAUUGCUGGACUGAAUCCAAGUGAGACGGGCCGCAUCCCCGUACGCACCUGCCAAACGCCGACUCGGUGGCAUCUGGCUGGCUUCACCGUUUGCUGUCGGACUCCAUCCUGAGCUCUCACUUGACUCUGACCGUUGGCCUUCCAUCUCUCCAUCUCUUCUGUUUUAACUCCGUCGCUUCCACCUUCUUCCGUGGUCUUCUGGCCAUAGUUCUAGUUCCCGGGAACCCAGUCGAUUGCUCCGCAAUCCGGUGGAUCAAACGUGCUUCCGCCCCACCAUCGACCGAACCCUCCGUCAAGUCACCCUCGGAGAUCAAAAAAAAGGGAAAAGACUGAGGGGAAAAAAAGGGGACCGGAACAGUUCGGUUGCAUCAAUACCCCCUGUGACAACAUCGACCGUGCACAGGCCGAUAUGUCCUUCGAAUUGAAAGAGAAGGGCAAUCAGCUCUUCAAAGAGGGCGAUUAUAGCGGAGCCGAGGAGCUGUAUUCUCAAGCCAUCCUCAAGAAUCCCCGCGAACCUACCUUCUUCACGAACCGCGCCCUGACGCGCAUCCGACUGGAAAAAUGGGCCGGGGUUGAACACGAUGCGCGCGCCGCGGUCGAACUCUACGGUGCGAAGAACCCCACGAGCCUGAAGAGCUGCUGGUACCUGGCGCAGGCGCUGCUGGGUUUGCAGCGACCGCAGGAAGCCUACGAGGUCGCCAUCGAUGCCUACCGAGCCAGUCUUGCGGCCAAGAGCGUGCAGACGGAAAACCUGUCCAAGACGGUGCUACGUGCCAAACAGCAGAUCUGGGCGGCGAAGGAGACGAGUCGAGUGCGUGAGAUGGACGAAACGCUAGGCCACGUGGAACAACUCAUGGAGACGGAGCUGAACCGGGCGUUGGAGGAGCUGCAGGGUAAAUUGGACCGCGGAGAGAUCGGACAUAUCGGGUGUGUGGAGGAUCAGAAAGCGCUUCGCGAGGAUACGGAGAAGAAGGUUAAUACCUUGCGGGAGACGUUCCGGAUUGCGUCGAAGGGAGAGAUCGCGGAGAGGGUUGUACCCGACCAUCUGGUGGACGGAAUCACGUUCGAGAUCAUGCACGACCCGGUGAUCACGCCGUCGGGCACCAGCUUCGACCGGAUUGGCAUCGUCAAGUAUGUCGAGCAGUCCGGAGUCGAUCCCAUCACGCGCGUGGCGAUGACGACCAACGACCUGCGACCGAACUACGCGCUGAAGGCGGCCUGCGAGGAGUUCCUGACCCAUAACGGAUGGGCGGUGGACUGGUGAUUCCAUCCUCUGGUUUCCGACUAUCGUUAAAGUAAUGUCCUGGUAUGAGAUGAAUAGCAUUG